CGGUCCUCCAGAGAAGAAAAUGGGCAUCAAGGCGUCCAACACAGCCGAGGUCUAUUUCGACAAUGUUCGCGUGCCGGCCGACUGCCUGCUGGGCGAAGUGGGCGGAGGUUUCAAGGUGGCCAUGAACAUCCUGAAUAACGGGCGCUUUGGCAUGGCGGCCGCCCUCUCCGGCACCAUGAAGGGAGUCAUCACCAAAGCUGUGGAUCACGCAGCCAACAGAACCCAGUUUGGGAACAAGAUCCACAACUACGGAACCAUCCAGGAGAAGAUUGCUCGCAUGACCAUGCUGCAGUAUGUCACAGAGGUCAGACGGAGAAGUUUUCUACCUGAAACACAAAUCUUAUGUCGUGUUGUGCACCACAAUCAGUAUUUUACCCCGUGCACGGUUCAUACAGUCAUAAAAAAUCUGGAAAUCUUUACAAGUAUUGAUUUGCAGACCUGGAAAAGAAAAUAUACCCUGAAAGUUUUGGAAAAAUUAUGGAAUUUUGUCGCAAAA